GGGCGCGGCGGCCGCUGGGGGCGCAGCGGGGAGGCCGCGCGCCGCCUCACCACCGGCCAACAUGGCGGCGCGGCGGCCCCGCUCCGCCUCAGACCAUGACAGUGACGAUGAUUCCUACGAAGUGCUGGAUUUAACAGAAUAUGCUCGACGUCACCAUUGGUGGAAUCGCCUGUUUGGCCGGAAUUCAGGACCAAUUGUUGAAAAAUACUCUGUAGCCACACAAAUUGUGAUGGGAGGUGUGACUGGCUGGUGUGCGGGAUUUUUGUUCCAGAAAGUCGGAAAGCUUGCAGCAACUGCAGUAGGUGGUGGCUUUCUUCUGCUUCAAAUUGCUAGUCAUAGUGGAUAUGUACAAGUUGACUGGAAGAGAGUUGAAAAAGAUGUAAACAAAGCAAAAAAGCAGUUAAAAAAGCGUGCAAAUAAGGCAGCUCCUGAAAUCAACACUCUGAUUGAAGAGUCCACAGAAUUUAUCAAGCAGAACAUCGUGGUGUCCAGUGGGUUUGUUGGAGGCUUUUUGUUGGGUCUGGCAUCGUAAGGACCCGAACGUCUCUUCCUGAUGGGAUCCACGUCAGCCAAGAUCAGUAGUGGUGACACACUGUCUGCAAGCAGUGUGGGUCACUGGGCCUGCCAGAGAACACAGGUGGACUAGCUAGACAACUUGGAAGCUUUUACAUUUCAGGCUUUUGCCUCUUGAAGCUUGGCAAAACUAGGAUUUGCUGAAAAACUGUGCAGUGUGCUCAUUUUAUAGCAUUUCUGGGCAAAACUGGUUCAUCAUCAUCAUGACCCUUUGUAUCUCUGGCCUUUCAAGAGCUAGCAUUUUUUAAAAUGUUAUUCUUGGAAUAUAGCUAUGUAGCCAUACUAUAAGAAUGAAAACUCCAUUUCUAUGUUUUCAGUUAAAUACUGUUUAUUUAAAAAGUAUUUUUCUUCAUGCUAUAGUAGGUAGUAUCAAUGACUACAUACUGUAUAUGAUGUUGUAGUUUCAGCCUCCUGGCUGGCCAUCCUCUUAAGAAGUCACUGCAAUAAUCUGUAAUACCUUUUUACAGAGUAUUAAAUAACAGAGAAUCAUGGGCUUAUUAAAGGUGAAAAUUAACUUA